UCUCCUCUAUAAAACCCACCAUUAUCAUGCCAUUCUCUUCUGCCACUCUCAAUAAUCUUCUCCAAUUAAUACCAAUCGCAACUUCUGAGUCAUGCUUUCUGGUGACAAUUCAGGACUCCACUUCUCACAACAAGAAAACCAAAUCCCAAACUUUGGUUUUGGUCUGAUGCAAAGCAACAACACACAAUAUUCCUUUAACUUCCAUGAAUUCACUCAACAAUCCUCAACCACUGUAAGCAACAACUCCACCUCCGAUGAGGCUGAUGAUCUCCUCCAACAGACCAUAAUCGACGAGAGGAAGCAGAGGAGGAUGAUUUCGAACAGAGAAUCCGCUCGUCGGUCCAGGAUGCGUAAACAGAAGCACCUGGACGAGCUUUGCUCGCAAGUUGUUAGGCUCAGAACGGAGAACCAUAGUUUGAUUGACCAGUUGAAUCAUGUCUCUGAGCGCAUUGACAAGGUAGGUCAAGAGAAUUCCAAGCUCAAAGAAGAAGCUUCGGAUCUUCGUCAAAUGCUCACUGAUCUUCAUAUUGGUAGCCCUACUAAUUACAGUACUGUUCUUAGAGUGCUUGAAGUUGAUGAAGUCCCCUGCAGCACCGCAGAGAUCUAGAGAAUAUAAUUGAGGGAUCAAAUUAAUAUAUAAAUAAAUGUAUUUAAAAUUUUAUUUAAUAAUAUAAAUAUAUGUGUCUCUCCUUGUCU